AUGGCUUUAAAGCGAAUCAACAAGGAAUUGCAGGAUCUCGGUCGUGAUCCACCUGCUAAUUGCAGUGCUGGUCCCGUAGGCGACGAUCUCUUUCACUGGCAAGCAACAAUAAUGGGUCCAGAAGACAGCCCAUAUUCUGGUGGUGUCUACUUUUUAAACAUUUACUUUCCAGCUGAUUAUCCCUUCAAGCCGCCCAAGGUGAACUUUACGACGCGCAUCUAUCACUGCAACAUCAACGCUAAUGGCGGUAUCUGUUUGGAUAUCUUGAAAGACCAAUGGAGCCCAGCGUUGACCAUUUCGAAGGUGCUCCUGUCAAUCUGUUCACUGCUCACGGACGCCAACCCGGACGACCCUUUGGUGCCCGAGAUUGCGCAAAUAUAUAGAACAGACCGCGCACGUCAUGACGCCACUGCCCGUGAAUGGACCGCCAAGUACGCCACUUAG